UUACAUAACUCGAAACAACCAUUAGCGCAUUUUUGUUGUUACGUUCCGUACGGGAUGACAUAACAUAAUUAGCAGGCUAGUGUAGCGUACGCCCGACCACGCAGAGCCAGAGAGGAAGAGGAGAGCGCAGCCAAGAGUGUGCGCGGAUGAGGGGUAGUGAUGUAAUGUUGAUCUGUCAGUGAGUGAGUACGGAUGGCUGCGUGUGCCAGGCUUUGCGGAGUUGGUCAGUCGCGGAGGUGCAGAAGGCGGGAGCGAAAAAACCAGCGAGACCCGGACACAGACCCAGAGCUCGAUCUGGAUGAGGAGGAAGAGCGGAUAGUCGGGAAAAUGCAAGCGGAGGGCAGUGCGCGGUGUGCGGCCGACACCGCUGCAUCGGGGCCGGGGAAGGCAGCGAUUUCAAUGCCCGGUGCUGCUACAGCAGCUGGCACUAGUGUAAAUGGACUUGGUGGAUUAGAACUUCCAGACACCACAAAGACGACCCACAAUACUUUACUGGAUCUGCCUCCGGAGAUUCUGGUCGCAAUAUUCUCGUCCCUUCCCGGAACUGCGCUACCAAACCUGGCGCUGGUCUGCAAAAAAUUCCGGCAGAUCCUGAAUACGGAGACGAUUUGGAGAAGGCGGUGCAUGGCUGAGUUCGGUAUGUGUGAAGAUCUGCGGAAGAUGGAAGUUGUAGGCCUAUCCAGCAAGGAUCUUUACGUGAAACGUAUUAACCCGCGAGUGAAGUCAGGGCGCUUUAUGAAGCUCCUUCCUGACUAUGAGCACAUGGACUACCGGGAUGUGUACACCCACUUGUUGCACCCAAACAGACACAUCCUGGGUUUGUGGCAGCCUGAUAUUGGACCCUAUGGAGGGCUGCUCAAUGUUGUGGUGGAUGGCUUGUUCAUCAUCGGCUGGAUGUUCCUGCCCCCCCACGACCCCCGAGUGGAUGAUGUCAUGAGGCGCAGGCCGCUGUUCCGCAUUCACAUGUGGGAGACGAACAAGGCCACUGUGGAGUGCAUGUAUGGACACAAGGGACCACACAAAGGAGACAUCCAGAUAGUGAAGAAAGAUGAGUUUUCCACCAAAUGCAACCAGACAGAUCACCACCGAAUGCCCGGGGGGAGGCAAGAGGAGUUCCGCACAUGGCUAGAGGAGGAGUGGGGCCGCACUCUGGAGGAUAUCUUUAAUGAGCACAUGCAGGAGCUCAUCCUGAUGAAGUUCAUUUACACUAGCCAAUACGAUAACUGUCUGACCUAUCGUCGAAUCUACCUCCCCCCGUACCUCCCGGGAGACCUGCUCAGACCGGGGCUCUUCAAGGGGACCUAUGGGAGCCACGGACUGGAGAUCGUCAUGCUCAGCUUCCACGGCAGGCGGGCCAAGGGAACCAAACUCACUGGGGACCCCAAUGUCCCAGCAGGCCAGCUGACCCUGGAAAUUGACCUGUCCCGACCCAUCCAGCUCCCGGAGAUCGAGAAACAGCAAAGCAUGGAAGAGCUGUCCCGUCUGGUGCUAGAGGUCCACGAGCAAGUGCAGCGAGAGAACAAUCCUGUCCAGAGCGGGAGCACAGAGCCAGGGGCCGAGGGACAGGGAGGAGGAGGAGGAAGAGAGGAGAACCAGAAUGGACUGGGAGCAGCCUCUGCCACCCCCACCACCACUGAAGGAGCCGAGGCCAGUGCUAGUCCGCUCCCAGCUCCACAGCCCUUUGUCCUGCCACUGGGAGUCAUGGCGCGGAAUGAAGUUUACCCGCGCACGUGCAAAAUAUGUUUCUAUGGGACGGGGCUGAUCGCAGGCCACGGCUUCACCAGUCCGGAGCACACCCCGGGGAUUUUCAUCCUGUUCGAUGACAACCGCUUCGGUUUCAUCUGGCUGGAGCUCAAGUCUUUCAGCCUCUACAGCAGAAUCACGGAUACACUGCAGUACGCAGAGGCCCCCACCUUGGAGGCUUUUGAAGAAAUGCUGAAGAGUAUGCAAUCUUGGACCUCCUGACAAGCCAAAUCUCCAAACACGGGGGGGAGAUUACAAGAAAGCAAGCAAAUAAUAAGUUGUGAUAAAAAAAAACACUAAAGCAAGCCUGACCUCGGUACCUCUCUGUAGAAGCAUGCACUUUUACACAGCUUUUAAAGGUAAAAGAAAAAAAAAACAUACAUUUUGAAAAGGUUAUGUGUAGUCAGAAGGUUUGGUGAGGCUACAGUCUAGUUAUUUAAAGCUAUGAUUCCCCCCUUGCCUUUCAGUUUCUAGAAAGCUGCUGGAAUUGCCGUUCUCUGAAAUAGUGUCACGCUUUGAUUACAAUCAUUCUCCGUGGUUCUUACUGCAAUUUCUCAAAUACCGUGUUUUUGUUUUCUUUUUUGGUAAGUCUUUUAGUUUAGGAGCUGCCCUUCAGGUCUAGCAGCCUGCCAUGGAUAUGUAAUGUAAGCUAGAGCAGCCUAAUGGUCUUAUUAGAAGUUAGAGCCAUCAGCAUCUAUUGAUCUGCCACUUUGGAUCAAGUUUUGCUUUGCUGGAAAUACAUUGCUGUGCAUUAGGUGGUGCUGCUGUGCACUAAGGUAAAGAUUAAGGCUGAUCUAGUCUACAUUACAGCUGUCUAUGGCUGGCAACUAAAACUGAAUAAUAGCACUUUGAGUACCAUAAAAAGGUAAGAGAAUUAAAAAAAAGUUUCAGAAAAUGUCUUUUGAAGCUAAUUACUCUUUAAUUAAAUGAAUCUGAUCUGUAUAAAGCGAGCAACACGGACUGGGUGUUUUUACAGGGAGUGAUUAAGAAGUGCAGUAACCGGUUCCCUGAACUGUUUCUGCACUCCUCUCAAGCUAGAAAAGGAUACAGCUGAGAUGGUUAGUUUCCCUAUCUUCCUGUGUACAUUGGAUUCAGGUGGUGCUGAAUAAGUCCUAUGUAAUUUAAUUGGGUAACAAUUUUAUUUGCUGAAAAAGAAGACAGAGGACUAAAAUAAUGGUGUGUGUGAGAAAGACAACUGGGGAUAACUAAUUAAAAUACAUGUUGGUUUGCUGUAACCCUAUAUAUACAGACAUGCUCAAAUUUGUUGGUACCCUUACAGCUCAUUGAAAUAAUGCUUUAUUCCUCCUGAAAAGUGAUGAAAUUAAAAGCUAUUUUAUCAUCUUUACUUGCAUGCCUUUGGUAUGUCAUAGAAUAAAGCAAAGAACCUGUGAAAAGAGAUGAAUUACUGCUAAUUCUACAAAGAUAUUCUAAAAAAGAUAAUAAAUAAUUGGAUUAUAGUGAUACUUCAAACUAAUUAGUUUCUUUAAUUAGUAUCACACAUGUCUCCAAUCUUGUAAUCAGUCAUUCAGCCUAUUUAAAUGGAGAAAAGUAGUCACUGUGCUGUUUGGUAACAUUGUGUGCACCACACUGAACAUGGACCAGAGAAAGCAAAGGAGAGAGUUGUCUGAGGAGAUCAGAAAGAAAAUAAUAGACAAGCAUGGUAAAGGUAAAGGCUACAAGACCAUCUCCAAGCAGCUUGAUGUUCCUGUGACAACAGUUUCAAAUAUUAUUAAGAAGUUUAAGGUCCAUGGAACUGUAGCCAACCUCCCGGGACGCAGCCGCAAGAGGAAAAUUGACCCCAGAUUGAACAGAAGGAUAGUGCGAAUGGUAGAAAAAGAACCAAGCAUAACUGCCAAAGAGAUACAAGCUGAACUCCAAGGUGAAGGUACGUCAGUUUCUGAUCGCACUAUCCGUCGCUUUUUGAGCGAAAGUGGGCUCCAUGGAAGAAGACCCAAGAGGACUCCACUUUUGAAAGAAAAACAUAAAAAAGCCAGACUGGAAUUUGCUAAAAUGCAUAUUGACAAGCCACAAUCCUUCUGGGAGAAUGUCCUUUGGACAGAUGAGUCAAAACUGGAGCUUUUUGGCAACUCUCAUCAGCUCUAUGUUCACAGACGAAAAAAUGAAGCUUUCAAAGAAAAGAACACCAUACCUACAGUGAAACAUGGAGGAGGCUCGGUUAUGUUUUGGGGCUGCUUUGCUGCGCCUGGCACAGGGUGCCUUGAAUCUGUGCAGUGCACAAUGAAAUCUCAAGACUAUCAAGGCAUUCUGGAGCGAAACGUACUGCCCAGUGUCAGAAAGCUCUGUCUCAGUCGCAGGUCAUGGGUCCUCCAACAGGAUAAUGACCCAAAACACACAGCUAAAAGCACCCAAGAAUGGAUAAGAACAAAACAUUGGACUAUUCUGAAGUGGCCUUCUAUGAGUCCUGAUCUGAAUCCUAUCGAACAUCUAUGGAAAGAGCUGAAACUUGCAGUCUGGAGAAGGCACCCAUCAAACCUGAGACUGCUGGAGCAGUUUGCUCAGGAAGAGUGGGCCAAACUACCUGUUAACAGGUGCAGAAGUCUGAUUUCUAUUAAAUAUGGAAUAAACAAUGGUGGAUGCCAAUUACUUUUGUCAGUUUCAAGUUAUUUCAGAGAAAAUUGUGCAUUCUUCGUUUUUUGUGGAGGGGUACCAACAAAUUUGAGCACGUCUGUGUGUGUGUGUGUGUAUAUAUAUAUAUAUAUAUAUAUACUCUAAAAACAACUGGGUAGGGGUUAAAAUGAUGGGUUAUAGUAAACCAACAUGAUUGCCUGCUUUUAAUUUUAACCAUGUUUAGAUGGUAAUCAAACCUUAACUAUAACUGUAAUUUGACCACUGCUUCAGUGUUGUUAGUAAUUCAUUUGGUAUAGAAGCUACCUCUGGGUGUUGCAUUCCUGCCCAGAUUUCCCUCUUGUUUACUGUAUUAAAGUGAGUGCAGCUAACAAAUAUUUCAGAAAUCCUGCAAUUCCAUUCAGCACACAGCUCUCAAAUGUGCAGUUUUGAAAAAACCACAUGAUAAAGCAAACAAUUAGUUGAAUUUGGAAACCUGAUAUCUGGUAUUACACUAGGUUCAGGUACAAGUUGGGCAUUUCCCCUAUCACUCUACCACUUUCAUGCGUUUAUUCCGUCAUGAACCGACCAUUCCUUGGCCCAGGAGACACCGCUGAAGGGAAAGGAAGCAAUAAGAGACUUCCUGAGAAAAAGGCAUGGAAACUUAGAAAUUUAUUUAACUUACUGUAGUACCAGAUAUGAAAAUGCAUGCUUGCUCUGUGUUUAUUUCAGAACUGUACUUUUAAGACCUAUUUACUCAAUGGCAGUGCAUGACAUGUAAGAUUUAGGGACUGUAAGAUUUUAUUUUGUUAGCUUCAACAUCUUUUAAAGGCUACUGUGAAAUUGGUAGUGUAUCUCUGGGCAGCUUACAGGCACCCCCCCCCCGGGUGACGCUCUGCCAAUUGUGCACCGCCCCCUGGGAGCUCCUGUCCACGGUCGGCAGUGGAAUAACCAGGCUAUAGGGCGCAUCCUGCACUCCACACGGAAUGCCUUUACUGGAUGCACCACUCAGGAGCCCCAACUUAUUUGAUUUUCAAUGCCAACAAUUUAUUUUACUUUCUAUUUAUUGUAAAUCUGAAAAAAAAUAUUAUAUAUAUAAUGGAAUAUGGAUAAGCAUUAUGGCAUAGCAAAUGCCAAAGCACAAAAUAGGUAACAUCAGAUAAAUACAAUUUAGAUAGCGGCCUGCAUAACGUAUGUUUUGUGGUAUAUUUUAGAAAAAAUAUAAAAAUUCUACUUGUUCCCAGCAAACAGGGCCUUUUAGAAUCUUCAUUGUAACAGUGGCUUAGUUUUAAGCAGCGAAUGGGAUCCAUUCCAUUUUAUAAUGGCACUAAUACCCACCACAUAUGACGUUACCUGUCAGAUUACUGACCUAUCACCUAUCAUUAAAUCACCUUGGUCUGUAAUCUUACAGGUCAUUCCCACUGGUCUACAGCAAUGUUGCUGCAGUUUUUUGUUUUUUUUUCCACCCCCGAGCAAAACUGUGUUUUAUUUAUGAAGACAAGUCUUUGCAUGGAAAUCACUAAUACUAGUGAAUUAAUGAUAGGACAUCAAUUUUAUUUUAAGGACUAGGAAUGAAAUAUGAAUAGAUGUUACCUGUAUAAACAUUCUGCAAAACAAUAAUAUGCCAAAUAUGAAUAAUAAUAUAUACUGAAUAAUAUAAUCAGGUGGCUUGGUUUUUGUGUGAUCCUAUAUUGGAAAGAUUUUCUUUAAUUUUGCAUACAGUCUAUUCAUUUAUCAUUCCCUUGUGUGCUUUAGUUUGGUGCAAUUUAAUAGCAGUGCUAACAGAUGACAAUCACCCUGUAUUGCAAACCAAAAUUGGGUUACUAGCUGGCAUUUCCUCCUGUGUCAGUGAACCUGCAUGGCUCUUUCAAAGACAUCUGAUUGUGGGUUAUUGUGUUUUAGCACUGGCGCCAUUAAUGGAGGACCUGGAGUCGAUUCACUUGGCAGAUUUCAAAACCACUCCAUUUAAAUAAGUGACAUUAAACAAAGCAGUCAUGUAAAAAGAUACCCAUCUCAGCGGCUUACAUGAUAAAGGCAUUACCGCAUGGAGUGCAGGCAGAGAUUGCUGGUUCUAAUCUUGCUGCAGUUUUGCCGAUCUUGGCUGGAGGCCCACACUGGCUUUUGCACCUCUUUGUAUUAGGGAGGGAAAUGGGGAUUGUGGCAAUCUCAGUAAGUUACUUACCUACAAAUUACAAUAUAAUGGUGGGUUGUCUUUGGCAAGUGGAAGUCUCUUAGCCUUAAUAAAGCCACCGAGGCAGGUUCCUAUGCAGAAGGGCUCGGGCUCAUGUGAAAAUGUAAAGGAUGCGUAAUAGGCUCCUGCAUUUUGAGUGCCACUUAUUUUGCAGGGUGCAGUAUAGUUUAACAAAACUAGAUUGGCACAUCAUUUUAUAUGUAAUCAAAAUCCCAUGUAGCUAACAUACAGUAUUUGAUUUGAAAUCUGUUUUGCAGUGUGCUGUAUUAUAUGUUCAUGAAAAAUCUUGAUUUCAUAUAAACAUUGAUUUAUUACUUUGUAAUGAGUGAUUUUGUUUUCUAUUUAUGUAAACUGCUGUUAGGUUCUGAGUUUUUUUUUUUCUUGUGUUUUAUUAUAUUGGGAAAGAAUAUAAAAAAAAAUGUGUUUGUGUGGUUGUUCUCAAUUAAUCAUGUUAUUGAAACUCAAUGUGAUUUAUUUUAUAUAACCUUAUAUAUUUAGUUUUAGAAAUAGUUUUAAAGGGGAAGCUUCUAAAUGGGAUAAGAAAUGUCAUUUUCAAGACUGUUUUCCUGGCUGGGGGCAAGAACACUAACAGAGAUACAAUUAUUACAGGUGAUCGUCAUGACUUACCUUUAUUAAACAUUCACUAAUCAAUUUAAUUGCCAGGAUGUAAAGGCUUAUAAAGGCUUACCACAGUAAAUGAGCACUGUAUUUUUUGCAUUUUUUCCCAUGGUUAUACUAUGGUUUAUAUGUUUACUGUUAAUCAUAAAAAGUGAGUAUUCAUAUUGCCUGUUUUUCUCUAUAUUGCUAAAGUUUACAGACCUAAUUUUGAUGUUAAAUUAAUGAAUUAUACACAACUUGCCAUCAAAACAUUGUUAAGCACCUAUAUAAGAUUAAUAUAAUAAUGAAACAGUAUAUUGAGUAACAAGAAGUGUUUUUGAAUACGUGUUUGUGUUUCCCAUUUUUUUAAAAUGUGUAUUUCAAUUUUUAUUUAUGCUGCUUUUAUUUAAAUUAACUACUUUAAAAUGCAGGGCUUAAUGUCAUAUUGCUAACUUUCACCCUGGGUUCGCUAGAUCAUUUGCUUUUAUAAUUUGAGUUGAGAAACAGUUUGUUGAGUUCAACAGUCAGUUGUUUGCCAUUAGCGUCACUGUUAGUAACAAUGACCAGCCACGGUGAGAGCCACUGGUUUACACUGCAGUGAUGAAGAGUUGCUGAUUAGUUGCAAUUAUACACUAUAAUAAGAACUCUUGACAUCCUAUUGUACCACAUUGCAAACAUUAAAGCCUUCUAAACGUGUAACACCUAGCUUCAAAGUGCCAAGGAAACAUGAUAGAGGAUAGAAUAUACAGACUGGCCAAAAAUAAACACAAUGUCUAAAAAAAACAAGAUAUUGACAAUUUUUGGAGCUACUGUCGUAAGGCAAGCUUCCCCUUUUAAGCCUUGAAGUGUGUUUUAGCAACUGUAUCCGUUAUGUUAUGUAAUCCCUUUCAACCCUUGAUAUGUAUUUACAUGUCUAUAUAAAAGUAUUACAAAGUUGUAUCACUUUUACACUAGAAUUUCAGGGAGCUUUAAAGUAUGCUUUAUCCGUUUUCAAUAAAAAAUAAAAUAAAAAAUUAAAAUAAAUGUUGUUUCUGAUCAAUUUGGCUUGUAAUAUAAUGUAUAUCUGGUACCAUCCUAGGUUAAAGAAAGCCUGUCUUGGAUAGCUCUUCCUUGGUCAAGUUAAAACCCCUUGAAGGGGUUAGGAAAUCUAAUAUUAAGACAGAGGUGUUAACAGUGGUGUAAAUAGUAAGACGGUAUACAUUGUGAACUAUUGCAGUGUUGUGGCAGGAAUUUCAUAUUUUUUUAUUUAGUGUUGAAAUACAAUACUGUAUCAUUUGAAUAAUACAUAGAAAGGAAAAUGCAACCACCAUUUUCAGAAGCAGUACAUUAAAUUGAGCAAUGGUAAAGAAGCAAUUGUAUUUAUUUUUUUCACCACUAGAGGGCAAAUCAUUGCUCAUUAUGUGAAGUACAGAAAUGUAUAAUUGGACAAGGCAGAAAACAAACUGAUGAAGGUGGGAAUACUGAACCCAGCAGUCCUCACUACCGCGAUCAAGUUCCUAUAAUUGGUAGAGUACAUUUGGGCAUAUACAUUUAGGAUAUCUUCUGAACUCCUUUUUUAGGCUGAAUUAAAUCAAAGUUUAUAAUGGCCUCAAUGUAGGUUUCAAAAGGGUCAUGUACAGUAUAUUGCUGUAAUGUUUUUAUAGACACUGAAUUAAUAAAUCAAACGAUAACUAAAAAUUAGAAUGAAAUGAUUCCUUUACUUAAGUCUUCAGAGAAAAGAAAAGCCACAAUACCUUCA